CUUUCUCUCAUUUGUCCAAUCAUCCUUUGAAAUGUCAACUAAAUUCUAGUAAUUUCUUUUGCACUGAUCCGUACUCCUGAACAUUUAUAAAUUACACAUCAUGCCACACUGGUAAUCCUUUCAUAUACAAGUAACGUUUGGCUCACAAGGGAGAGAGCUCUCAUCAAGACAACAAACAAAAAGGACUUCAAAUUGUUUACUAUGGCAGAAGAAUUUCAUGCAGGAAUUUGUGGCGAGACAUGGUGGAAUCCGUCGAAAACCAUGUUUACAGGGUGUUCUUCGCCUUGUUCUAUGGGAAUUGCUGACAUGGGAAGCUUCGGAUGGGGUAUUGAUAUGGUGGAUAUCAAGGCAAGGACUUGUGAUGAGGAGUCUAACAAUUCAGUUUCUGGUAGCUCUAUAUUUUUCCAGGGUGCUCACCAAAAGCCUCAGCAAGCUGAUUCAGAUAGUGGUGGCACCAGUAUUUUGAUUGAUUCUACCUUACAGAUGAUGGGUUUUGGCCUUUCAUCAUCGACAACAUCUGAUUGGAACCAACCUUUGAUUACUCGGAAUAAUGGGUUGGAUUCUUCUCAAAUCCAAAAGGAUUGGAGUCCAAAGAGCUAUACAAGCCCCGGUGAAGAUUCGUCCAUUACUACCUUCAAGCCUAUCAAUCAAGAUUUUUCAUUGGAGCAACAGAGAUUGAAUUCUGUAACCAGCUCUGGUAACAAUACACCAACCUGCCAGGGCUUAUCAGCUGGGUUUCCAAUGGGUACAGCAUCAUAUGGGUACCCAUCAACACUGUUACACAGUUUGUUUGAACCUGAUCCCCAACCUCAACAACAAUCACUUUUCAACAACCGGUCAAUCAACUAUAUGUCUUCCACUGCCCCUUAUAGGGCAAACGCUAAUGAAUUAUCACCUUCUUGGCCAAAACUAGCUCCAUUCAUAAGGCCAUCGUUGCCAAAGCAGCAGCCCAGUAGCAUACACUUCUCCAACAACACACCCUUUUGGAACGCCUCUUCCACUGGCGGAAACGACGUUAAAGCUGGUUUUUUACCCUCGCCGCAAUCACAAUUUCUUGUGCAAACAUAUGAAAAGAAACCCAAUUGUCCCAGCCUCACGAUAAAGACUAAUAUCGAAGAAGUUAGAAAGUCGGGGGGGUCAGUGAUGAAGAAAGGAAGUAGUGAACCUCCAUUCAAGAGGCCAAGAAUUGAAACGCCAUCGCCAUUACCAACUUUUAAGGUUCGGAAAGAAAAGCUAGGGGACCGAAUCACUGCUCUCCAGCAAUUGGUUUCACCUUUUGGAAAGACUGAUACUGCAUCUGUUCUCCAUGAAGCUAUUGAAUACAUAAAGUUCCUCCAUGAUCAAGUCAAUGUUUUAAGUACUCCAUAUAUGAAACAAGCAGCAGCUUCCAUACAACAACAACAGAGUCCUGAUAAGUUGAAAGACCCAGAAGGGCCAAAACAGGAUCUAAGAAGCCGGGGGCUUUGUUUGGUUCCAAUCUCAAGCACAUUCCCAGUUGCUAAUGAGACCACAGCUGAUUUUUGGACGCCGACGUUGGGUGGAACUUACAGGUAGAGAGGAGACAGUUAAUAUAGUUAAAGGGUGUUGUACACAACUACACUGUAGCAGAUUAAUUACCAGCUCCGGCCAUAACUUCGAUACUCAGAAAGUGAAAAAAGAAAAAGAAAAGAUAAUGGAAAAUUUAGAAGCUAGCUACAUUGCUUUGCUGUACCAGUUUUGAUAAAAAGCUAAAGAAAACAAAGAAAAAGGGAAAAGAAAAAGGAAGUGACGCUCCAAAGAUGGAUAGAGACGAACAGUGUGCUGGACUGCUGGGCCAGCUACAAGCAGAAUGAUCAAUGAUAUAGGGCUAGCAAAUGAUUAGGAACCCAACCCUUGGAGGAUUAUUAAAAAAAAAAAAAAAAGAAGAUAACCAUAGUUUUUUUUUUUUUUUU